AUGGCCCCCGCGAGUCACGCAGCCCGAUGGGACCAUGCCAACUUCCGGGGCAUCAGCGCGCAACAGGUCCGACUGGGCUUCAUCCGGAAGGUCUAUGGCAUCGUGUGCACGCAGGUGCUGACCACCGCCCUCUUCGCGGGUCUCUGCUGCGGACCCUUGCAACGCCCCAUGCUGGCCUUCGUGACGACUUCGCCGAGCGCUUUUCGCUGGGGCUCCGUGAUUGCGACGGGCCUCGCGCUGCUCCUCUGCCACGCAGGCAAGGACAGCUACCCCGUGAACUUCUUGGGCCUUUGCCUCCUCACCGCCGUCAUGGCCCUCGACUUGGGCGUGAUCUCCGCACUCUGCGCCGCCAGCGGCCUGGGGGCACUCGUGGCGCAGGCUGCCGUGAUCACAGCACUCAUCACGCUUGGGCUCACGAUGUACACCUUCAGCUCCAAGCGGGAUUUCUCCUUCCUGGGGGCGGCUUUGUGGCCCUUGGCCUUCGGCCUCUUGGGCUUUGGGCUGCUGAGCCUCAUCUUCCCCUCGCUGCACAUGGGACUCUUGGGCUUGCUGGUCUCCUUCGCUGGUGCGGGGAUCUUCUGCGGCUACCUGGUCUUCGACACCUGGCGCAUCGCCAAUGAGCUGGGGGUGGACGACUAUAUCCAGGGCGCCAUCCAGCUCUACAUGGACAUCGUGAAUAUCUUCCUGUACAUUUUGGAGAUCUUGAUGCAGAUGAACAAGAAGCAGGACCGCGACCGCAGGUAA